UUCGCGCCCACACUAAACUUACUAAAACCGAGCGGAUGUGUGCCCGGCUCUACGGGACGCGAGGGGGUGGAGAGAGGGACGCGGGCGCAGGACGCGCGCGCUGGAGCCGCGCGCCGCCAUAUUGAUAUUGCUAACUACGCACGCCACAAGAGCAUUGUCGAAACAAAUUAAAUUAAUAUUAAGCGAAGAAAGUGUCGCGUCGUCCGUGUCCUUACACCUGUAUUUAUUUUAUUUUAAUUAAAUUACUUUUCUUUACAUAUACAAGAAGAAGUAUUAUUUUGUCUCCGACAAAAGUGGCGACCGUGACAGGACAAAGAAAAGGACGCUGCGGCGACGCCAUUACGAGCCACAUAUAAUCCGACGCGCCGGCGAGGAAAGGAGUGAAGGUGGAGGACAUCUGAGCUGCUCGGGAGCCUACUGGAGCCACAGGAGGUCUAGCCCACAAGGAGAGUAAGCCCUGUUCCUUUAAUCUGUCCAUAAUCCUAAAUAUCCUUUGUGUGUCCUCGACUGUGCGUAGCGGACGCUUGCUACUCGAGCGUUAGGUGUUUAUAUUCCUAAUCUAGCUCCCGGUGGCAGGCUGUGCACGUAAUUAUAAACAUAGCGCUUCGCCCAAGUUUUCGACUCGGCUAUUUACAUAAAAAGGUGUUGCGUUUUUAUAACGUUUAAGCAUGUGUGUGUGACGUUUUCAUGGCGUCAGCUCUAUAAAGUUUUCUAGCUUGAGAGUGAGUUUUAACUGUAAUACACGCACGUUGCACGUACCUAAUUUUCACGCAAUUAUUCAUAACUCAUUAUUUCGAUUUUCACGCUAAUUCCAUAGCACUCACAACGCUAUUUACGUGCAAAUACUAAGGUAUAUACCUAAGUAUAUAAAGCCUUUCUAGACUUUUCAAUACUCGAACCGCUUUUUCAUUUUAUUUGCCGACUAUUCCAGCUUCCCUCCCCUGUUGGGUGGAGGUCGACACGUCGUGCUAACGGGUUCAUCGUGUGCGCGUGCGGCUACGGGCUGCUGGCCAAACUGUCUGCUCGGCGUGAGCUUCAGCACCGGCACCAGCAGCGCGUGCGACUGGACCUGAGCUUCUCUACUUCCCGAAACGGGUUUGAGUGCACAUAGUAAUUUAUUAUUACUUAUUAUAUUCGUUAUUUGCGUUUGUGAAAUUGUGAUUAUUGUAUAAGUGCUAUAAUAUGAGUGAAUCAGAGCUCAAAAUGGAAUUAUCCACCUUAGUUAAACAGCGUGGAAUAAUAAAAGGUAGAUUAACAAGAUUUGAACAGUAUGUAAAGGAAUUAACAAGUUUAAAGGAUAUACCUGCUUUAAAAUACAAAGAACUUGAAUUAAAAACUAGUAAAAUACAAUCAUUAAUAAGUGAAUUUGAAGAUAUACAAAACAAAAUUGACAUUUUACAUUCGGAUCCUGACGAGCAGAUCCAAGAAAGAGAAAUGUUAGAAAAUAAGUUCAUUAAUUUAAUAGCAAUAAGUCAAGAAUUAUUAGAUAAUAGUGGUGUUAAAAAAGAGACAGAUCAUAAUGAUCAAUUUUCAAGUAAUUAUAGUUCUCAUAAACACAGCGGGAUCAAAUUACCCACUAUAAAACUUCCCACUUUUGAUGGAAACUACCUAAAGUGGUUAGAAUUUAAAGACACAUUCUUGUCUGUUGUAGAUAGCAACUUAGAAAUACCACAUAUAAAUAAGUUUCAUUACCUUAGGUCUGCGCUUGAAGGAAGUGCAGCUGUAGUUAUAAAGUCCAUAGAGUUUAGCGCUAAGAAUUAUAAAGUUGCCUGGGACUUAUUGUGUCAACGGUUUGAAAACAAAGAUAUUUUAGUUAAUAACCAUUUAACAGCAUUAUUUAAUAUCGAACCAUUAAAGAGGGAAUCAUACAAAUCUCUAAGAUUCAUUGUUGACCAUGUCAUGAAGCAUCUCAGAGCACUUGAGACGCUAGGCCUGCCAACAAAUAAGUGGGACAUUCUCAUUAUAUUUAUGAUUUCAUCAAUGUUAGACUUGCAUACCGCCAGGAAGUGGCAAGAACACAAAAGUAAGUCUAGUGAACUUGUAUUGUUGACCGAUUUCUUUGAUUUUCUUCGCAACCGGGCUGACAUACUUGAGACUUCCUACUUUAAUAAUACUCACUCAGACAAAGUUCCUGAUCACAAACAUAAAACAAACACACACUCCAAAAGUUUUGUUGCAGCUGUUGAUAAGAAAGUAAAUAAUAAUGAAUGUCUUGUGUGCAAGGAAAUUCACCCACUUUACUUGUGUGACAAAUUUAAAGGUAUGACUGUGGAUGAACGUCUAGGUGAGAUUACCAAGUUUAAUUUGUGCAAGAAUUGUUUUCGAAGUGGUCAUAAUGCAUAUCAGUGUAGAUUAAAGGCGAUGUGUCGUACAUGCAAGAAAAAGCAUAACACAUUAGUGCAUGUCACACAAACAGAGAAUAGUGAACAACCAUCAACAUCAUCUUUACCGGUGUCACUGUCUGUGGUCAGCAGCGACCAGGUGUUAUUAAGUACAGCUCUUAUCCAGGUUGUGAAAGAUAAGAAAACAUACACAGCCAGAGCCCUGUUAGACACAGGAAGCCAAUCAUCCUUCAUCACUGAGAGUUUAAAAGAAAAAUUAGGUUUAGUGAUUAACCCGGGAGGGUCUGUAAAUGUUUGUGGUAUUAAUAAUUCUAAUUGUAGUAUUAAGCAAAGUUGUAAUUUAAAGCUUAAGUCUAGGUGUAAUUCUUUUGAGAUUAAAGUUAAGUGUUUAGUUGUUCCCAGAAUUACUGGAAUUUUACCAAAUUCUUUAAUAAAUACUGAAUAUUUGAAAUUACCAAGUAACAUUGAGUUAGCUGAUCCAAACUACUUUUUCCCUUCUGAGGUAGAUAUCCUCUUAGGGGCAGAUGUCUACUGGGACAUAGUAGGCUCUAAUUUAAUUAAAUUAGGUAAUAAAAAUCCUGUUUUACAGGAGUCCAAGUUUGGGUGGCUAGUGAGUGGCCCAAUAAGUACACAACAGCCAACCUCACAAGUUUAUUGUAAUUUCACUCAAGAAAUAAAGGAAUCUUUAGAGAGGUUUUGGACAAUUGAUGACCUUCCAGUUACUAAAACAUAUUCUGUAGAAGAACAGCUUUGUGAAAACAAUUUUAUUGAGAAUUUUUCUAGAUUACCAAAUGGUAGGUUUGCUGUGACAAUGCCUUUUAAGGAGUCCCCUGAGGAAGCUCUUGGGAACUCAUAUUAUAUAGCUAAGAAGUGCUUUUAAAUCUAGAGAAAAAAUUUGCUAAGAAUCCUAGUCUUAAGAUUAAAUACAAGGAGUUCAUAGACGAGUAUGCUAAUUUAGGACAUUUAACAGUUUUAAAAAAUAAACCUGAGUUCGGAUAUUAUAUGCCCCACCAUGCAGUAAUACGGGAAAAAAGUGAAACCACUAAACUGCGGGUAGUGUUCAAUGCCUCAUGUAAAACUAGUUCUGGAAAAUCACUUAAUGAUAUACAGAUGGUCGGGCCAGUUAUACAGAGUGAUUUAAUAUCAAUUUUGCUUCGCUUUCGUAAACAUAAAUAUGUUCUCACCGGAGAUAUAGAGAAGAUGUUUCGGCAGACUGAAAUUAAGGAACAGCAGCGCCACCUACAACUAAUAUUAUGGCGCGAUGACGAAACAAAACCGAUAGAUAUCUUACAGCUAAACACAGUAACUUAUGGUACUGCGUCCGCACCAUUUCUCAGUACUCGAUGUUUGCUACAGUUAGCAAAAGAAUGUGAGGAUAAGUCUAUAGCAUGUGUCAUUGAAAAUGAUUUUUAUGCUGAUGAUUUAAAUACUGGUUCCGAAACUGUAGAGGGUUUAAAACACAUUUAUAGGGAAGUUGUUGCUACUCUUGAUUCAGCACUCUUGCCUUUAAGAAAAUUCAGAACAAAUUGUCCUAGCUUAUUUGAAAAUGAUGAUGAUACAGCCAAAUUUGUAGAUUUUAAUAAGGAAUCUAGUGUAUUAGGUCUUAUUUGGUGUCCUAAGUCUGAUAAUUUACUAUUUUCCACAGAUUUACAGCAUUCUGCUCAAAUAACCAAACGGUCAGUAAUCUCUACUACGGCCAAAGUAUUUGAUCCUUUGGGACUAUUAAGCCCUUGUAUUAUAGUACCUAAAAUUUUACUACAACAAUUAUGGUCUGCUAAACUGGACUGGGAUGACCCAGUACCAGUUGAAUUUUGUAAGGAUUGGUCUAACCUUUUGAAAGAAUUUUCAUAUUUGUCUGAUAUUAAUAUAGAACGUUGGGUUUAUGUGACAAUCCUAAAACUAUAGAACUACAUUGUUUUGUCGAUGCCUCACAACAAGCCUACGCGGCAUGUAUCUACUUGCGCUCUGAAGACUGUACUGGAAAAGUAACAGUUAGGUUGUUGUGUGCUAAAGCACGAGUCGCCCCAAUGAAUCCAACCACUAUACCGAGGCUGGAGUUGUGUGGCGCACUCCUAGGGGCUCGUCUAUGUUCAAAGGUAUUAGAUUCCUUACAAUGUAAUAUAUCCCGAAAAGUUCUAUGGUCUGAUUCGAUGGUUGUGUUGGGAUGGGUGCAAACUCCACCCAGGGAUCUUAAAGUAUUUGUUUGUAAUAGAGUGAACGAAAUAAAUCAACUGACACCGGGAUUCGACUUUAGAUAUGUACCAACUGAUCAAAACCCCGCAGACAUGGGUUCUAGAGGUGUGUCUCCCAAGCAGUUAAAAGCUUCUAGCCUUUGGUGGGCAGGGCCUUCGUUCCUCGCUAAUGACCCUACUUGUUGGCCUACACAACAACAAAUCCCUAGUUUACCAGAACUUAAAAUCCCACGCAACAUUGAAUGUCACACCACAAUUGUAAAUAACAUAAUUGAAUUUGAAAAAUAUUCUAACUUUAAUAAACUUAUUAGGAUCUAUGCAUAUGUGCAACGUUUUGAACAUAAUUGCUUAAAUAAAAAUAGUAGAAUUAGUGGACCAUUAGAUGUUAAGGAAUUAGAUAAGUCAUUAUUAACUUUAGUUAGGUUAAGUCAGUUGGAUAGUUACUCUGACGAAAUUAAAUUAAUUAGCGACAAGAAAACUCUUAAUUGUAAGUCUAAAUUACUGUCGUUGAAUCCUUUCUUAGAUGACAACAAUAUAUUGAGAGUUGGUGGUAGGCUUCAAAAUUCUGAAUUUGAUUAUGAUAAGAAGCACCCCAUGAUUUUAGAUGCAAAACAUCAGUUCACUCAAUUGUUAUUCAGGCAAGAACAUGAACGUUUAUUUCAUGCAGGACCGCAACAUCUGCUAGCGUCUAUCAGAGAGCGAUUUUGGGCCAUAGGAGGUAGAAAUUUAGCUCGCAGUACGACUAAGAAGUGUCUACUCUGUACUCGCUUUCGAGGAAAAACCAUUCAACCAAUAAUGGGUAACUUACCUUCGGAAAGAACUUACUCAAUGUUUCCUUUCUACACAUGCGGUGUAGAUUUUGCUGGUCCUUUUACUAUUUCUAGCCGCAAGGGUAGAGGAAGUCAAUCCUCAAAAUGUUAUCUAUGUUUAUUUGUAUGCCUCUCGACUAAGGCGAUUCAUUUAGAAUUAGUAAGCAGUUUGAGCUCUGAUGCAUUUAUAUUGUCUUUAAAAAGGUUCAUAUCAAGAAGAGGCAAACCUAGUGUCAUCUAUUGCGAUAAUGGCACUAAUUUCAGAGGCGCAAAUAACGAAAUGUGUAGAGUGCUCAGGUCCAAUCGUAAGUGUACUGAUAAUUUCGCGACUGAUAAUGGUAUAAAAUUCGUAUUUAGCCCGGCGUACUCGCCUCACUUUGGGGGCAUAUGGGAAGCAGGAGUCAAGUCGGCAAAGUUUCAUUUAAAACGCACGGCCGGUAAAGCUUCCUUGACGUUCGAGGAGCUUGCUACGUUAUUAGCACAAGUCGAGGCCAUACUUAAUUCCCGUCCUCUGUCUCCCCUAUCUUCCGAUCCUACCGAUCCUACACCACUUACCCCAGGGCACUUCCUUGUCGGGCGACCUCUCACGUCGUUACCGUCGGCACCUAUUAAUACGAAGAGUCCAAAUCGUUACCAACUUAUAGAGAAAAUCAGACAAGACUUCUGGCAAAGAUGGCGCCGGGAGUUCGUAGCGGAGCUGCAGCAACGCACGAAAUGGAAAACCAGGCAGCAUGAGCUUCGUGUGGGUGAUCUGGUGAUCCUAAAGGAAGAAAAUGUUCCCCCACUGCAAUGGAGACUCGGCCGUGUCACACAUUUGUAUCCUGGGACGGAUGGAGUCAGCAGGGUGGCCGAUGUCAUGUCUUCCAGAGGCACAGUACGAAGGGCUGUGAACAAAAUGUGCAUUCUACCAAGUUCAGCCCCAGCAGACACGACACUGAUCAAUGAUGACAAGGAUGCUGCCGAGAAUAAAGAAGCUUGAAAGCUACCCUUUCAACCCCGGGAGGAUGUUCGCGCCCACACUAAACUUACUAAAACCGAGCGGAUGUGUGCCCGGCUCUACGGGACGCGAGGGGGUGGAGAGAGGGACGCGGGCGCAGGACGCGCGCGCUGGAGCCGCGCGCCGCCAUAUUGAUAUUGCUAACUACGCACGCCACAAGAGCAUUGUCGAAACAAAUUAAAUUAAUAUUAAGCGAAGAAAGUGUCGCGUCGUCCGUGUCCUUACACCUGUAUUUAUUUUAUUUUAAUUAAAUUACUUUUCUUUACAUAUA